AUGAGUGAGAAAUUGUUUAGGGAGUAUUUUAAGGAGCUUAGAAGGGUGUCAGAGUACAGGAAGAAUAGAAAGAAGCUUCUUAACAUGAUAUUCUGGGAGUACGAGAACUACAACAUGGAUAAGUUUGAGGACAGAGAUGCAAAAAUAUACAAAAUAAUCAGCGAGAAGAAGAACUACCCGAAUUCAUUUCUGGGGUCGUCAUUGGGCUUCACGAAGUCAACGAUGGAUUCGAGAUACCAGGAGGUGUUGAACAAGUUCAGGCUGGACAAGAGGCCUCAGGUGGCAUCUCCAAGAAACUGUCUUGAAUUUGAGAAGCUGAAGUUUCUGCUAGUGAAAUUGUUUGAAUUCAAAAAGAAGAAGAAAUGA